AGGUAUUUUAUUACUUAAGUCAUUACGCUUUUGGCAAAAUUAAGUUUUAUCAUAAAUUAGAAAAUUACUUCAAACUAUAAAUAUUCAUAUUUGUUGCUGUUGUCUAAGUUAUAAACUAAAUAGUAAUAUUAUUAAAUAACCAAUUGAAUAAGAAUGUACUUUAAUAGCAUAUCUUGAAAAUAAAAAUUAAAAUUAUUGUUCUUUUUUGCUCCGCUAACAGUUAGCACAAAACUAAGUAUUUUACUUUAUUCUUGAGGUAACAAAAACAGUGAUCUCAUUGUGUCUCAUUUUUGUGAGUGUAAUAAUGGAAAAUUCUACAAAAAUGAUGACUGAAGAAGAAUUGAAAGAAUUUUUUCCCGAUUUUCAAUCAGGACCCUUAGAUCAUUAUAGAAAACAAGCCACAUUUAGCUGGCGUAUUAUGAAACUAGUUUACAACAAUUAUGCAUCAAUUAAAAUAAAGCAUGACAUCUGGAAGUUUAUGGAGACUCAUCCACUGUUCCAACACCCAAGUACCAGGCUCUCGCUGGAUGAAGAGAGACACCUUACCAUCAAAAGGAUGUACACUCUAUACAACGAGCAGUUCGCAUCAUUUGAAAAGAUCGCCGCUGAGCCUAACAUCUUUCAAGCGGAAUCGGAGGCAAUGUUCAUGUUCAACAGUUCUCUGGCUGUUAAAAUUUCCCUAACAUUCCGCAUGUUCGCUAACACCAUACAAGGCAGCGGACGGGCCCACCACUACCACUUUAUAGAGGACAUUCAGAAAGCGAAGAUAGGAGGCUGUUUCGCAUUAACGGAAGUGGCUCACGGAUCUAACGCCAAGGGCAUGCAAACAACGGCGACCUAUUGUCCGGAGACGAAAGAGUUUGUUGUAAAUUCAGCUAAUUUUGAAGCAGCUAAAUUCUGGGUGGGCGCCUUGGGAAAAUGUGCUACCCAUGCAAUUGUAUACGCCAUGUUGAUAUCCAAGGGCAAAAACCAUGGCUUGCAUGCGUUCGUUGUUCCAAUCAGGGACCCGAAAACACUGAAGCUAUACCCGGGAGUCAUCGCUGGUGAUAUUGGCGAGAAGAUUGGAUUAAACGGUCUCGAUAACGGGUUUGUCAUGUUUAAUAACUACCACAUACCCAAGGAAAAUGCGUUGGACAAACUGGGUGGGGUUGACGACAGUGGAGAUUAUAAGACUCCGUUCAGAGAUCCCAACAAGAGGUUCGGGGCAGCGCUCGGCAUCCUCUCCGGCGGUCGCGUGCACAUAACUUCUAUAUCAACGAACUAUUUACAAAAAGCUAUAGUAAUAGCCAUCAGAUAUUCGGCUGUGAGGAGACAAUUCGGUCCGGAGAACUCCAGGGAGGAAACGCCCGUGUUGGAAUAUCAGCAACAGCAAACCCGCCUCCUGCCGCACCUGGCCGCUACAUACGCGUACCGGAUCUUCUGCACCUGGUUCGGCGUCCUGCACAUCAACAUCACCAUUGAUAAUUACGCAGGUGUUCAGGAGAACGCAGCGGCUCGCGGUAUAGAAGUUCAUGCUCUGUCGUCUGCGGUGAAGCCGGUGUGUGGAUGGGGUGCCAGGGACGGUAUCCAGGCGGCCAGGGAAGCCUGCGGGGGACAUGGCUACCUCACAGCUGCCGGCAUCGGCGAUCUCCGUGAUGAUAACGACGCCAACUGCACCUAUGAAGGGGAGAACGGUCUGUUGCUGCAGCAGGCCAGCAACUGGUUGCUAGGCGUGUGGCCGAGGAGGAGGGAAAUAACUCCCGAGGACACUCCUCUCGGGACGCUGGAGUUCUUGGAGAAUGUUGACGAGGUGUUACAGAAGACCUGCCCUUGGGACGGAGACGACCUCGUAGAUCCUUACAAUCUGACUGUGAUGUACAAGUGGCUGACGGCGUACUUACUGAAAAUAACGUAUGAGAAAGUGAGUCAGUUGAAACGAAGAGGAAAAGACAACUGGGAGAGUAAGAACGACUCGCAGUCUUACUACGCUGCCACGCUGUCGGUUGUUUACGGAGAGAAUUAUAUCGUCAACCGAUUCUACAAAACGGCGCAGUCAUUCGGAGAUGACGCGUGCAGAGAGGUGUUGCUCAAGCUGAUGGCCCUGUUCGCGGCUCACAGUCUAGAAAAACAUAUGGCUACGCUGUUCAUUGGAGGAUACUUCUCAUCACGCCAGGGUGUGGAUCUCCGCGCUGGUAUCCUCCGUCUCUGUAAGGAGCUGUCUUCUCAGGCCGUGUCCCUGGUGGACUCCCUCGCUCCUCCAGACUUCUGUCUCAAUUCAGUACUUGGGAAUUCCGAUGGACAGGUAUACAAGCACUUACAGGACAGUGUUAUGUCUUAUCCGGGAGCGAUGAGCCGUCCGCGCUGGUGGAAAGACGUGGUGUUCUGGGAAUCAUACGUGCAGUCAAAAUUAUAAUAUAUAUAUAAAAGUGAUUUAGUUUAAAAUACUAUACGUGAGCCCAAUAUUUUAAGUGAUGUACCAAUGACGUUCCUGUUCCUACCGUCGCGGGCUUUAGGAGAGGUGUAUACACAGGUCGCGUAUAGAUUAAGUUAUACAUUGUGUACAGGUUUUAUACGCAUUUUAUUGUAACGUUACGGUGUAGGUUUUAUUAAUAAAAGCGACGCUUAUUUAUCUAGUUGGAAGGAUAUGGGAGUGUUAAAAUAUUAAUAUAUAUUUUUAUAUUACAAGAUUUAUUUUUUUAUGCUGUUGAAAUAAUUUUAUAAAUAAAAACGGUGAUAGAGGGAAUUUAUAUAAAAUAUAUUUUUUUAUUUUG